GAGUUAUACAGUAGUAUUACACUAAAUAUUCUGCCUACCAACCCAAGCUUUAUUAUUUGCUUUCAGAAGUAAUAUUUUAGUGGAGAUUUGAGUUGGUAGAGCAGAAAAAUGAUGACGCACACGAAGGAGGUGACGCAUUUGAAGCCGAAGGAGGAAAAGGGCAGUUCCAGGGAAUAUUUCACAGAUCUAUUUCGGCGUGGUACAAGACAUAAGAAGGAGAUGACACUGCAGACGGUUGAGGUGAAAGUGAUAAGGAUGGACUGUGCAGGGUGUGAGCUCAAAGUGAAAAAGGCCCUCCAACGCAUGUCAGGUGUACAAACAGUGGAUAUAAACAGAAAGCUGCAAAAAGUUACAGUUACAGGAUAUAUUGAACCGAGCAAGGUUCUGAGGAAAGUGCAAGCCACAGGGAAAAACGCAGAGAUAUGGCCAUACGUUCCCUACAACUCUGUAACACAACAUGUUAUGAAUGCACGUACGUAUGACAAAAAAGCACCACUUGGGUAUAUGAGGAAAGAUAUUUUCGAUACUGGAAUCGACCCCAACCGCCCAGAUGAAGUGUACGGAGCUAUGUUCAGUGAAGAAAAUGCAAAUGCAUGCACCCUUAUGUGAUUUCACCUCAUAUUCUUAACUCAGAAGAUUAGUCUUUAAUAUCUAAAAUAUUAGUUUUCCUUAGAUGUUUCUGUAUUAGUCCUCCACUUCAGGACUGUUAGAUUUUGUAGGUGUUUGAAUGGAACCAAGACUGGUUUUCUAAGAUUAUAUAUACUUCUUUCAAACUUAUUGUAAUGAAUUGAGAAGAAAUUUAUGAGUAUAUUGAUAAAUGGUGCAGUAUUAUUUACUGUAUGUCUUUAUUUA